UCAGCCGCUUCAUCCUUUUAAAUAACCCAUUUCACAGCGGCUCCAUCUAGGGUUUUUAAUUUCUAGGGUUUCCUCAUCGUUCAGUAACUCUUCCGCUUUCGUUCUCUCUCUCUCUAGAUCUCUGCAAUCAUGGCUACUCAAAUGAGCAAAAAGAGAAAGUUCGUCGCUGAUGGUGUGUUCUACGCCGAAUUGAACGAAGUUUUCACCAGAGAACUUGCUGAAGAUGGAUACUCUGGAGUCGAAGUUAGGGUCACACCUAUGCGAACUGAAAUCAUCAUUAGGGCUACUCGUACUCAGAAUGUUCUCGGUGAGAAAGGAAGGAGAAUUAGGGAAUUGACUUCGAUUGUGCAAAAAAGGUUCAAGUUUCCUGAGAACACUGUUGAAUUGUAUGCUGAGAAGGUUAACAACAGAGGACUUUGUGCCAUUGCUCAGUGCGAGUCUCUUCGUUACAAACUUCUUGGUGGUCUUGCUGUUAGAAGGGCCUGCUAUGGUGUUUUGAGGUUCGUUAUGGAAAGUGGAGCCAAGGGUUGUGAGGUUAUUGUCAGUGGAAAACUGAGGGCACAACGUGCUAAAUCCAUGAAGUUUAAGGAUGGCUACAUGAUCUCCUCUGGUCAGCCAGUUAAGGAGUACAUUGACUCGGCUAUUAGACAUGUCCUUCUCCGACAGGGAGUUCUCGGUAUCAAGGUUAAGAUCAUGCUCGACUGGGAUCCAAAAGGAAAGAUGGGACCACCAAAGCCACUCCCAGAUCUAGUUACAAUUCACCCACCAAAGGAUGAUGAGGUAUAUGCUAGAGCUCCUGCUCUGACUCAAGAAGUUGAGCUUGUAGAACCUAUUCCUGUUGCUUAAGGAGACAACUAGGCUAGUUUAUAUAUGUUUGCUGAUAAGUUUCUGAGAUCAAGUUUAAUUUUUCUCGGUAAGGUUUUGGGCAUGACUUAUUUUUAAAUGUUGAGUUUUGUACUGCUUUAGUUCUGGAUAGCAAAUAUUUGGCUAAUAUUUUGAUUACUCUGCUUUUGAAUAUUGGCAUUUUGAAUUUUUUUUGGAAGUUAAUGUAUUUUUCAUAUCCUA